AUGUCUUUGUCGCUGCAAAAAGAAGUCGACAUUCCUGUGAUUGACAUUUCACAGUUUCCAUCGGACUACGGGGAAGGAGGAGAAGGAUUAAACAAGCUUCACCAUCAUUCCACGGCGGCCACGGUGAGAGACGCCUGCAAGGAAUUGGGAUUCUUCAGGGUCGUUAACACUGGAAUUCCAACAGAACUUCUCCAGAAUGUAGAAAAUGUUAUCCAUGAACUCUAUGCGAUGCCUGCAGAGGCUAAAGAGAGAGCCGUCACAUCAAACCCCGUUCAGAGCUACAUGCGUUCGUUGUCACAGGAGACCUUCUGCCUUAUGAAAAUGCCUCGUUCGGAUUCUCUUCAGCAAUUGACUUACAAAAUAUGGCCAGAUAAAGGAAAUCUAAUAUUCAGUGAGACAAUUGAGACAUAUACACUUGCCAUGGCAGAUCUCCAACAGAAGAUCAGCAAAAUCAUUAUUGCGAGCCUCGGAUUGGACGUGACAACAUUCUUCGAUUCUGAUUUCCAACACUGUGAAGCUUACAUGCGUUUAAGCCGCUACUCCUCCAAUGGAAGGUUCACAGAAGACGAAGGAGCUCUGUUUGAGCAUACUGACCUAGCUUGCUUUACGAUCCUUUACCAGACAAAUGAAGGCCUUCAGAUUCGGACCAAAGAGGGAAAGUGGUUAAAUGUGAAGCCCAUAGCAUCUUCCUUCGUUAUCAACGUAGGCGACUCUCUGCAGGCAUGGACGAACCGCAGAUUCCGCAGCGCAGAGCACCGGGUAGUUUUCAGAGGGUGGACAGAUCGGCUGUCUAUCGCUUGGUUUGUGCAUUUUCCUUAUGAUAAAGAAAUAUGGGCUCCAGCGGAGUUUGUGGACGCAAAUCAUCCACGAUAUUACAGGCCUUUUACCUUCUCCCAGUUCAAGCAUUAUUUCGAUAAAAAUUUCCGCCCUAAAGGAAUCAAUCUUCUGAAUUUGAUUGACAGUUACGCGGGCAUACCUACCGUUUGA